AUGCAGCUUCAAUCAAAUCUUGCCGUUCUUCUCGAGUUCGAUUUGAAUAGGCUAUUGGCGGUUCAGAGUGAUGUUACGCUGCUGAUAUCAAGACGUGUACGUGAACUUUUAGACAGGUCCAAAGAAUUAGUCGAUGAGCAUUCUACGAUUAAUGAUAAGGAUGAAGAUAAGGGCGAUACAAGCAUUGGAAUAGUUGGAGGAGAUCGUUCUAACCAUCAAGUGGAUGAUGGGGAUGACAGUGACGAUUUUAUUUUAACACAAUUGGGCGAACAUACUGGUGAAAAGAUAUGGACCCAUGAAAAUGAGGAUUUAGUGACACUACGUGCUGAAUUGCCUAAAGCUGAUAUUAGUUCGCCACUCAAAGAAAGUCAAAGUCUGCCGGAUUCCUAUAACCACAUGAAGAAUGAUUCCAGAGAACUCGAUGUGCAAGUGGAAGAGGACGAACUGCCGUCUGCCAAUAAUAAUAGCAGGAAAGAAUUAUCUCAAGUUACUAAAAAACUAUGUGUUCGAUUCCCUGAUAAUAAGCCUGUUGUACCGCGGACAAAUUUUAAUAUUAAUCCCUAUACCGGUAAGCCAUGGAUAUUAGAGGAUUUUAAAAGGAAUGAAGAUAUUAAUUCUGUCAAGAAACGUCAACAGAAUAUGAAAGCACAAAAGAUUUAUGCUGAAGGGUUUCCACCACCAGAAGCUGGUAGGCAAUCUUUAAUAGAUAAAGAAAUAAGCAAAGGAGUGGAAAAUAAUUUCUACGAAUUUGAAAAUUUAAGAGAUAGAUCACACUCACCGCCAGGCUUUGGAAGACUAGAUUUUCCUAAUACACAGGAAAGAUUUGACGACAAGCAAAAAUCUCAAAAUAUUAUAUUUCAUAAGACUAAAUGGAGAUUCCGUAAAGCUACUUGUAAUGCUGUCCCGCCAUAUGAGAGGGAAUUUUUGUUCAAGAAUGAUAAACUAAAUGAAAUUGUUGACGAUGGGACCUUCGAGUGGAAUGAUGCUGAAUUGCAGAUAUACACAAGAAAAUGA